AUGGCCAAACGCGGAAAACGAAGGCGGCACAAUCAACAGGCUGAAGACACAGCCCAGAAGAAACGAACCAGAGAAGGAGAUUCAGGAGUAUCUGAUGAAGGCAACGCCGUCGCUGUUCAAGCUUCGUACACUGGUAGCGACGACUACACGAUUCCGCCACCAUUUGAGUUAUCCAGUGAUGAGUCGUCGAAAUCUGAUGUCGACAAGCUGUGGAAGUAUGUCGUAAACGACAAGGACUGGAAAGCGACACCCAUUCAACGCCAGCUUUGGUCAAUCUUGUUGAAGAAGGAAAAAAGUGUCGUUGGAAUUGCUCCAACAGGAAGUGGCAAAACGAUGGCGUAUGGAAUUCCUUCAUUGCUGAGGCAAGAGUCUCUAUUGGUGCUUGUCCCGACAAGAGAGCUGGUACAACAAGUCGCUGCUGUAUGUUCUAAGAUUGUGAAAGGUUUGCAAGAUAGUAACAUGGAAAAGCCAUAUCUGGUCGUCCCAAUAUAUGGUGGCGUGGACAAGAAAUCGCAAAGGGAGAUGAUGGAUCAGGUCAAUGACAAGACGCUGGCUGUCGUCGCUACACCAGGUCGGCUGCUUGACUUGCUGAAAGAUUCCACAUUCGCGACAUCAUUUCAACCUAGUUGGAUCGUGCUUGAUGAAGCCGAUCAGUUGUCCAAAGAUGGAGACUUGGGCCCCCAAGUGGAGGAAAUACUGGGGAUCGUAAAGUCUCCAAGCACCACAUUAGCGAUGAUUUCUGCAACCUAUCCCGACAAGGCCAAAGCUAAAUUUGAAAAGUGGGUAGACGAUGACUAUAUCUUGGUGCAAGUGGAUUCAGUCGAUGCCGCAAAAUCGUCAUUCGGAAAGAUUCCUCCGAAUUUGAAACAGGUCCUUCAUGUUUGCAGCGACCACAAAAAGCCAAAAAAGCUAAUGUCGACGCUUCAAAUGAUUCAGAAGCAGCAAACUGGACGCAACGUGCCCUUGGGAAUAGUCUUCUUUGCUCGCAUCGAAAAGGUUAAGUAUGUAUCAGGGCUACUAGAAAAGGAAGGCAUCGCACACAUUUCAUUGCACAGCCAGUUGUCAACACCACAGCGAGCUCAGAGUCUACACGUUUUUCAGAGUGGGAAGCGACCCUUAUUGCUGGCAACCGAUAUCGCUGCCAGAGGGAUUAAUAUUGCUGCCGUGCAAUACGUUAUUCAAUACGAUUUUCCAUCCAACUUGCAGCAAUACAUCCAUCGGUGUGGACGAGCGGGGCGAUGUGGGCAAGAGGGUACUGUGUAUUCAUUUUUUACACGCAACUUGAAGGCACUAGCCACAGAUAUGAUAAGUUUGUUAGAGAAGACUGAUGCAUGGGUGGACCCGAAUCUCAGAGCAUUGGUUGGCAACGGUGCCUCCAAAGAGAAAAAGUCCAAAGGUGGAGCAAAGCCAAAGAAAAACAAGGCGGAUUUCGAGAAGAAAAACGUAAAACGAACUGAUAAUAAUUUGGAAGACGACGACAAUGAAGAAUUUCCUGAACUGGCUCCUGGUCGCAUAGUUCUCAAGCGUGCAAGCCAUGUUAGUGAUGCAUCUUCUUCCGAAGACGAAAACGAAGAGUGA